UGUGUUUCUGCUCUUCUUUUCUCCCCUGCAGCUCCCGAAAUCCCCCCUCCAAGCCACCGGCACCAGCUUUGAAAAAUUGGUGAGAAAGCUUGGAAUUUCUCCUUCUUUCUUGUCCAAGAACCUGAUUUGGAACCUAGAAAUCUUUCCCCCUUGCUGGAAAUUCCAGAUCUGCCUUGCUCUGCUUGUCUUCACCGCCGGCUGCUAUGUGGGUGGGUGAUUUCUGGGCAUUUUUCAAUCCGUGAGUUUCUCCCCUGCACUGCCGCCGGCUUCUUCCCCCUGCUAGGUCCGGUUCUUGUUGGAAAAUUCUGGUAUGUGACAGCCAUUUAAGGCUUAAAUUAUCCAUUUAAGGUUGCUGCUUUGUGAUGUCCGAAUUUGGCUAAAAAUGGGGGAUAAUUCCGGUAACUUUAGGAUGAGAUUUAAGCAUUAAUUCAAGUGGGAUUUAUGUGAUUGAGUGUUAAUUGCUUGUGAUUUUUGGAGAAAAUCCUGUGGAAUUAGCUAGUGUUUUGGCCAAUUUAUGAAAGUCGGGGUUACUGUUCACGUCGUGGUACUGUUCAUGGACACUGUUCACACCCCGAGGGCCAACUAUUAACGGGGAUUUAAGUGAUUAGUUUGUGAUAUAAGAACGAAUUUGGAGAUAUUUGAUCAUGUGGAGAUUGAUAGGAAUAGCAUCGGGAUUAAGAGUGAUCUUAAUGAUGAUUUCAGUUUGAAUUUGUGGUGAUACGAUAAUUAAUUAUGGAUAUUUUGAUUACGUUCUUGAUCGUUCUGUCAGUUAGUACGUGAAUUGAGUGCUCGGUUUUAUGCAAGUGAGGAAAUGAAACCGAGGACAGGAAAACCACGGGAAGUGACGAGUUAGAAGGCUAGCUAUUUCGAGAUUGAUUUAGAUUCUAGAGAUCGUGAUCUAGUAAGCUAGAGUUUAUUUGGAGAUUUAUGAUAUCAGAGAGAUUUUUUAAUUUGAUCUUCAGAUUUUGAUGGUAUCAGAGUGUGAAUAUGAUAAGUUCCGAGCCUUGUGCAUUUGUGGGACCCUCUCAUGAGUGCACGGCGUCUGUCGCGUCUCGAAAUUGGGUUUUGGGGCGUGACAGUGGCUAUACAAGCGAGAUUGCUUCAUUGGCAUCCUCAUGGAUAGGAAAAAGAAAAGUGAAAGGCCAAAUACCUUCCAAGGUUGAUGAGUUUCUUGAUGAUCAUGCUAAUUUCAAUUUUCAUGCAUACAAGACAAUGCUAGGGAUGUUAGCACUGCUAGAGGUGAGCUUUUUUGAUAAGACACUGUAGUGAUACUAGGAAAUCAAAUUGUUGAGUUUGUUAAAGGCAAUGCAAGUCACUUAAAGAUGUUUUGUCACACCCCAGAAUUUGGAGCGAAACAAACGCUGUACAUUUGUAAGAGGAUCCCAUAAAUGCACAAGGCUCAU